AUGCCAUACGAGCUAAUCAAACAAUCCAAUGGUCUUUGUGUAACUGCACCGACUGAUAGUUGUGAAAUUGAAAAUAGUAUUGCACAAGACAAUAGUAUUAAUUCAUUAUCUCGAAUAAUAUGUGAAGUAUACUUACAAGCAAGUGAGCUAGCAAGAAUGAAACUAAAUCUCUCGGAAGAUUUAGAAAUAAAUAAUAAGGCUUUACUUGCAUGUAUUCAUGAUUAUGAUACAACAAACAAUAAAAAUUUCGGUGCAAGCAUGGUGAAUAUGAUUGUCAAGGAUGGAAUUUUGAAGAAGUUACUCAACGAUUUCGAGUUUCAGUCAUAUACCAUCACCAGCAUUGAUAUAGUUGAUAACUUUGUGACAGACGCAAAUAUUUUUAUUAAUACUCUAAUUGACACAACAACAACGAUAUCCACGACAAUUUCAACAACAACAACAACUACAUCGAUUUCUACGACAAAUGCAACAAAUUUGGUGAGUUCAACGGUGACUUCAAUUUCAACAACAACAGCAACUACAUCGAUUUCUACGACAAUUUCAACAACAACAACAACUACAUCGGUUUCUACAACAAAUGCAACAAAUUUGGCGAGUUCAACGGUGACUUCAAUUUCGACAACAACAUCAACUUGUUCAUUAACUGUUAAAUCAAUCCAUAAUGUUUUGAUUUUUCAAUUCUUUUCAUUUGUUACAUUAUUUCUUUUAUUUUAA